AUGUGGGCAAUGAAGAUGCUAAAGAAGGAUUGGAAUGAAGCGGCGGAUCAAAGACUAAAUGGGUUGAAUGAGCUUGAUGAGUUUCCCCUCAAAGCCUAUGAAAGUUCAGCCAUCUAUAAAUACAAUAUGAAGCAGUACCACGACCAAAGGAUUGAAAAGCGAGAAUCUGUUGUUGGGGAAUUGGUGCUUCUAUUCAACUAUAAGCUACGCUUGUUUCCAAGAAAUCUCCCGUCUAAGUGGACAGGACCAUUCCUCAUCACUAAAGUGUUCCCACAUGGAGCGGUUGAGUUGGAUAAUAAGGAGAGCGCAAGGUUCACAGUUAACGGACAAAGGAUUAAGAUCUACCUGGGGCAUGCAGAGAGUGUCCAUGAAGUGGUUGAGACAUAUCACCUUGAUGAAUUUUGA